AUGUCUGUGCAGCGGCUGGAUUGUGUUUGUGUUUACUGCGGUUCUUCCUCCGGCUUGAAAGCGUCGUACGCAGUCGCUGCUCGGGACUUAGGUCUAGAACUAGCGAAAAGGCAGAUUUCCCUGGUGUACGGAGGCGGCUCAGUCGGUCUGAUGGGGAUAAUAGCAGAAACUGUCGACUCUAGCGGUGGAUGCGUUACAGGAGUCAUACCUAAGUCGCUUGCGCCUGAACAUAUAAGUGGUAAGACUCCGGGACGUGUCAUCCUGACGGAGACUAUGCACGAGAGGAAGAUGCGAAUGGCAUCACGCGCAAACGCGUUCAUAGCUUUGCCUGGUGGUAUUGGCACCCUUGAAGAGCUAUUUGAAAUAGCUACCUGGAGACAACUUGGACAUCACCGGAAACCGAUCGGCAUACUCAACGUGCAAAACUAUUUUGACCCGCUACUUGAGUUCUUAGACGGCGCUGUUGCAGAUGGUUUUGUUUCCAGCACUACACGGUCAAUAUUUGUUGUGGGGACAAGUGCUUCGGAAUUGCUGAAUAAACUCGGCUGCGGUCUUAGUUCAGUCGCUGUGCCAGAUUUGUGUAGUAGGUAA